CGCGCGCACAGCAAAGAAAUUCAUUUUAUUUAGAUUUAUUUCCUUACCGUCGGUUUCACAAAAAUAUUUCGGUUUUUGUGCCUGUGUGUGUGUGUUCAUUUCGCCCGCGUCGUUACGACCCAUUUAUUUAAUUGUGCCACAAUUAGUGCUUAAUUGUUGCAGUAAUCUUGUCGGUGUUUUAUCUUUUCUACUCUCACGUUUACUUUGUGCUCUGCGCUCCGCGUGUCGUGCGUGUGAAAUGUUCGAUCCCAAAUACAGCUACAGAAAACGGCCGGCCGAUGUGUUUCAGCUAAUGUAUCCCAGUUAUUUUCGUAAGCGCCAUUAUUACAACAACGAUUCCUUUUCGCGUUCGCUGGGACCACGACCGACUAUCUAUCGGCGGCGUUUUGUGAGACCUUUACUACUACCAACACCAGAUCAUCCAAAUAUGAAUGGCUACAGUCGCAAGUCACCGUCGAAGCGUCGCUAUGAGGGCUCGAAGUAUCCGGUGUUGCCGAAGAAGAAGCCACGUACGGGCAAGGAGCGCAUACCGCAACCGAAGAACACCGUCGCCAUGUUGAAUGAGCUGCGCCAUGGCUUGGUCUAUAAGCUGGAGUCGCAAACCGGUCCGGUGCAUGCACCGUUAUUCACUAUAUCCGUUGAGGUCGAUGGCCAAAAGUAUAUGGGCCAGGGACGCAGCAAGAAGAUCGCACGCAUCGAGGCGGCCGCCACGGCGCUGCGCAGUUUUAUACAAUUCAAAGAUGGCGCCGUACUAACACCACUGAAGCCGACGUGUAAUCUUGAUUUCACAAGCGAUGAGCAUCUGGAAAACGAUGUAAAUAAAAGCGCCAUCACUGUGGAUGGUCAGAAGAAAGUGCCAGAUAAGGGACCUGUUAUGCUGCUCUACGAGCUCUUCAACGAUGUGCACUUCGAUUGCUCGACUGUAGAUGGCGCGCAGAACAAUUGUCGCUUCAAAAUGACAGUAACGGUGAAUAACAGCAAGUUUGACGGCACAGGACCCUCCAAGAAGCUGGCCAAAAAUGCCGCCGCCAAAGCCGCACUCGCGUCACUGUGCAACAUCUCAUACAGCCCCAUGAUGCAUCCGCAGAAGAAUGUGCCCUUACCCAUUGACGAUAAGACCUCGUCCAUGGAGUUGCCACAGAUACACGCCGACACCAUCGGUCGUCUGGUAUUGGAGAAAUUCAUGGAAGUCAUUAAGGGACAGGAAUCGUAUUCGCGACGCAAAGUGCUGGCCGGCAUCGUGAUGACCGAAGACAUGAAUUUCAAUGAAGCCAAAGUAAUUUCCGUGUCCACCGGCACGAAGUGCGUGAGUGGCGAACACAUGAGCGUCACCGGCGCCGUGCUGAACGAUUCGCAUGCCGAGAUCGUGUCACGCCGUUGUCUAAUGAAAUACUUAUAUGCUCAGUUAGAACUACAAUGCAGUCAGACCACUGCAAAUCAGUCGAUUUUCGUGAGGAAUCAAGACAAUGGGCAAUACCCGUACAAACUAAAAUCCGGUGUUCAUUUCCAUUUGUACAUCAAUACAGCGCCUUGUGGUGAUGCACGGAUUUUUAGUCCUCACGAAAAUGACACUGGUGUUGACAAACAUCCAAAUAGAAAGGCGCGUGGUCAAUUGCGUACGAAAAUCGAAUCGGGUGAGGGCACCAUACCGGUCAAAAGCAAAGAAGGAUUACAAACAUGGGAUGGCGUACUGCAGGGUGAACGUUUGCUCACGAUGUCCUGCUCCGACAAGAUUGCACGCUGGAACAUUGUUGGCAUACAGGGCUCACUGCUGGCCUCUAUUAUCGAGCCGAUUUAUUUGCAUUCCAUAGUUUUGGGCAGUUUAUUGCAUCCCGAGCACAUGUAUCGUGCCGUCUGCGGUCGAAUAGAGAAAUCCAUACAAGGUCUUCCGCCACCCUAUCACUUGAAUAAGCCACGCUUGGCAUUGGUCACAUCGGCUGAGCCGCGCAAUCAAGCUAAGGCACCGAAUUUCGGCAUCAAUUGGACGAUCGGUGAUAGUGAAGUGGAGGUGGUAAAUUCGCUUACCGGCAAAACGGUCAAUAACCAAAUAUCGCGCAUUACCAAGCAGAUGUACUUCAUGAAGUAUGGCUAUUUGAUGAAAAAUUUGCCCGGCAUACCAAAUCGCAAGCUCACGACCGAUUACGGGCAAACAAAGGAGAGGGUUAAGGACUACCAGAUUGCCAAGAAAGAGCUAUUUGCGGCUUUUCGUCGCGAAGAUCUCGGCAGCUGGCUGAAAAAACCAAUGGAACAAGAUCAAUUUGCGCUUCCGGAAUGACUCCAUUGUCAUCCUUUUGUUAUUAUUUAUGUUUGUUUGCGUACCGUGUGUCUGUAAGUGCGUUUGCCAUGUUAUGGAAAGAGCUGCGCAACAGUAUUAUUAGCAGUUUAGAAAACAAAAACAACAAUAUUACUAUAUACAUAGCUAUGCAAAAACACUACAUUCAUUUUCAAAACUACAAAUUUUAACCAUUAACUGCAAAAAUGGCGCACUUCAGAAUCUCUUACGUAUUAUAUGUACGAUAUACAUAUAUGUAAGUACAUAAUCGUUUUUAAGUUAAGUACAAGUCAACGAAUUCGUCACUAUAAUUUUGCAUAAUGACUGCAUAUAUAUGCUUGUUUUUGGUUAUAUUAUUAUUWUUGUUUUUUCAACAUA